UCUUCAGUAGUUGUGUUUUUUGUCAAUCAUCAUUUCGUUAAUGCGAUCUUGUUUCUGUUUAACUAGGUACUGAAGCUGCACCAAGGAAGAAGGGAGCAGUUGCAUUUGGAGAGACUGUACAUAGGAAUCGUCAUCAUCUUGGUCAAGCUCUUCUGGAAGAAACCAGAGCAGUGUUACAAGUAUGAACCCAUCCAGGAUGAUCUUGAACUUGGAAGCUCCAAUUUCCCUGUGGUUCUCAUCUAGAUUCCAAUGUUCAAUGAGAAAGAGGUAUACAAGGUGUCAAUUGGUGCAGCUUGUAAUCUUUCGUGGCAUGCUGAUUGGCAAUUUGUGCUCUUGGAGCAGCUGCCCGCUGAGUCUGAAAUCAAAGGGUAUUCGGUUCCCUGGCCGUGACAACGAGAGCUUGGCGCCUAUUUUCACUCCUCCGCGUUCGGUGUCUGAGGCUGAACUUGAUCUUCCACACCAGACUCAGCAUGAUGAUAUUCCUGUGCAGAGUUUUACUCCUGAACAAACUAAAGAAGCUUUUGAUGUUGCUAGAAACAGCGUUGAGCUUUUUUCUACUGUGUUGUCUUCUUAUACACAACAAGAUGUCUUGCAGCUCUACAAGAUCAUGAAUGAGCAUAAGAAUCCUAAAGUUCUUAGUGAUGGACAUUUGUGGAUAGUUUCAGUUGAUGAUUUUGGUGUAUCACAUAUAAAGCUUAAGGAGUUAAUUGAUUUUCCGAAAGAAACUGGGCUGCAGUCAAGUGCAGCUGUCACUAGAAAUGCUUCAAUUAAGCUUUUGGGUGUUCUGCAUAGAUUUAUUGGUCCAGAUAUUAAAGGUUCCCUACUAAUGUUAAGUUUGCAUUGCUCAGUGCUCUUAAUACCGAGUAUGAGAAGAAUCCAUGAGGGAGCAUCUGCAGCUCCCAAGAGAUCAGUCUUGAUUGGAAGGUUCAUCUAGAGUCAGUUGAAGCUGUAAAUAAAAUACUGGAAGAGGCAACAUACAAAGCUGCUUUAACUUUGCUGAUGGUUUUUGGUGUUGGACCAACAGUUUUUGGCAAUGUGUCUAAUGUCUAUAAACUUGUGAGGGAAAAAAAAUGGAAGUGUGUUACGUGCCUUCACUGCCUUGGCUAUGGUUCGAGUUCAAGCAAGAGUAAGGGCUUGUAGAAUCCAGUAAAUUCAUGAGAUGAAGCAACAAGAAGCUACAAUGAAGAGGGAGAGAUUGAUAUUUUUUAUCCCAAUGUAUUUUAUAACCACUUUGGUUAUAAGAGAUUGAUAUAGCUAAUUUGGUUUGAAUUUUAUUAAUGUAAUACUAAUUUUCAUUAAUUAAUUUUUUAAAUGAUAUUCA